GUGGCUCCAACCAGCUGCUGUGUGUCUGCAUGGUCUGCUCUGUUGUUGUGAAGACGGAAGUGAGAGGUGGACUUCCCUCUCUGGACAAUAAUUCACUCCGUUCUGGACCCAGUUAAAGGAAAACACCGACAUCAUCAUGUCUACUGCCUACAAGAACAGAAUACAAGAAUUCAAAGAAACCUUGAGUGAAGAAAACCUAAACUUGGAGACACUGAGGGAGCUGUGCUUCAAUGGAAUCCCGUUUGAAGGAGGCAUACGAGCGCUUUGCUGGAAAAUCCUUCUCAAUUAUCUACCUCUCGAUCAGACAUUAUGGGAGUCUUUCCUAAAAAAGCAGAGGGAGGUGUACACCCAGUUCCUAAAAGAAAUGAUCAUCCAGCCUGGUAUUGCCAAAGCCAACAUGGGCCUUUCCAGAGAAGAUGUGACUAUGGAGGACCAUCCUCUAAAUCCGAACCCAGAUAGCAGGUGGAAUAACUACUUCAAAGAUAAUGAGAUUCUACUACAAAUUGACAAGGAUGUAAGGCGGCUGUACCCAGACAUGGCGUUCUUUCAGCGUCCGACAGAAUACCCUUGCCAACUUAUCUUGGACCCUCAGAAUGAUUAUGAGACGCUGCGUCGACGAGUCGAACAAACCACACUGAAAGCACAAACAGUAAACCGCAACCGCAGUGGAGUCACCAAUGUCAGCUCUCCUGGAAAGUCGUUGAACCUAUAUCCGUCUAACGAAUAUGAGGUACUGCCCAAUGGGAGUGAAGCGCACUGGGAGGUGGUGGAGCGGAUCCUCUUCAUCUAUGCCAAACUCAACCCUGGGAUUGCCUACGUACAGGGCAUGAAUGAGAUUGUUGGGCCAAUUUACUACACCUUUGCCACGGACCCCAACAGCGAAUGGAAAGAACACGCUGAAGCAGAUACAUUCUUCUGUUUCACCAACCUGAUGUCGGAGAACAGAGACAACUUCAUCAAGAGCCUGGAUGACUCUCAGUGCGGCAUCACCUACAAGAUGGAGAGUGUGUACUCCAUGCUCAAAGACAAAGACCUGGAGCUCUAUCUCAAGCUGGAAGAGCAGAACAUCAAACCCCAGUAUUUCACAUUCCGCUGGCUGACCCUGUUGCUAUCUCAGGAGUUCCUCCUGCCAGACGUCAUCCGCAUCUGGGACACCCUGUUUUCUGACCAGGACAGAUUCCACUUCCUCAUCCUGGUGUGCUGCGCCAUGCUCAUACUCAUCCGAGAGAAUUUACUGGCAGGAGACUUCACAGUGAAUAUGAGAUUACUGCAGGAUUACCCCAUCUCAGAUGUCCACACCAUCCUGACCAAGGCCAAAGAUCUGCGGGAUAACGCCUAACCUGUUCACUCUUUUUCCUCCUGCCUUUUCUGCUCAGACAUGGUAGGUGAGAGUUUAAACAUUACAAAACAUUGUCGUGUCAAACAUGUAGCGUGGGAGGACUUGAUCAAUGAAGAGCUCGGACAGAUGUGUUGAGAAAACCCCAGCAUACUGCUUCUGACGAUCGGUCGGCAGGGACUGCCGUGGAACCUUUGAAACUUUUCCUUUCUUAAGUGAGGAGGAGAUGCCACUUGCUUCUUGAUGCAUUAUGGGAAAAGGCUACCUUUAGUACGUGGUCGUCCUCCUCUCACAGCCAUCUCUCCCGUGGAGACUUGUCGUGCUCAAAUAAUGAUGAUUGCACAGGACACCUGAGGGAGAGGGAGCCGCGUUAAUCCGACACUACAGAUCUUAGUUUGUCCUGAAAACGUACCAGAAAUGUUUAACAACAGAGCCAAGAAUUCCCACUGCGACCACUUAUGAAGUCAGAAUGAGCAAAUGUUUCAUUGGGUUGAGCAAUAGUGCAUGUUUGUUCUUUAAGGUUUUUUUUUUUAUUUUUAGAAGUUGAAUGUUUUUAAUGUAAGAAACAUGUUUGCCUUAUCUGUUUUAAUCAUGUGAAACAGGAGACAGUAUUUCUGGGUACAUUCUCUGUCUGUAUAAAUCUGAAGUAAUGGGCCUAUUGAAUCUUCUGAAAAUAAUUAUUUCUUGAGCAUUAUGUCUCAACACAAUGCCUUUUGUCCCGUUGGAAAUGUAAUAUCAUGGAUUUCCUUGUAAAAUCAGAUUACUUUGAAAGAACCAUCAGAGGAAGUUGUGGCGCUUUUCACACUGAACAUUAUUUGCUCGAUAGUAGCUUCAUUACAGUACUUUAUACCGUGGCUACGGUGAAUCAUUCGUUGUGAUUGACCAUUGACCAGGGUCUGAAAUUAGCACCCGCCAAAUGCCGGUAAAUUGUUGGCAGUGGCGGGUAAAAUCGUCAAGCCAUCCGCCACUUUGGCAGAGAGGGAAAACACUAGAGAUGGGAAUAGAGGACCGGUUCCCGUUUAGAACGGAUUCUUAGUUGUCUGAUUCCUCGGCAUCUCAUGCCUCCGUGACUAUCGAUUCUCUGUAUGCUUUCCGACAGUUAAUCACGCACAAUAACGCAUACAAUGUUAUUUACCAUGUAUAUAAUGAUUUUUUGUGUAAAAGAUAUCGAACAUUGAAUGACAACAGAUUUAAAAUGUUAUUCCUUCAUUGAGUGCAGAGAUUUCAAAAGUGGCAGAUAAAAUUUCUGAGUGGCAAACAAAAAAAAAAUACUUACCGGCUACAGUGGCAGGAAGAUAUCCUCUAGUGAUUCUUCACUUAUUGGAGAAGGAAAGUAACAUUUAUUUUGUGGCUAACAAAGAUGUUACUACCACAAAAUUCAAUUUAAUCGAAGGUGUCGAGUAAAAUAUUUGAUCACUAGCAAGUGGAAAUGGCCUAAGCUAGAUAAUUCUCUUUGCCAUGUGCUACUAUAAAAAAAUAACACACCGAACAGAGGCUGAACCCUCAUUGAAGGUUAUUUUCUAAUAACUGUACAGCAUGUCGUGCAUUAUUAAAUACUUGAGACAGCGAACUGAAGCAGCAGGGUGUGUACAGGGACUAGAAAAGGUUUUUGCCUCAGCAAAAUGUCUGUUCUUUUGCUGUUUAGCCAGCUGCGUUUGAUGGAACAAAAUAGAUGAAAAGACCUAAGCAGUAACGUUAAGUGCUAAAAAGCCUCUUAAUUAACUUGAUAGUUAGUAUGAAACCUUUUGCUCUAUCCCCUUUUAUCUGGUAGCUUCUGCAGCCAAAGUUUAACAGUGGAGUGACAGCAAGCUGAACAACAUUGCAAUUGCUCUAAACUACCGCCGUUUUUAAGGAAAUAAAAGCCUUGUUAAGUUAAUAGCUAAGCUCCUCCAGGGUUAAUGGUUCAGGUUAACCUUCGGUUCAGUCUGAUAAUGUUCAGUGUGAACACUUGAUUCCCAUCUCUUAUAGGGUUUGUGUUGUGCACAUACUAUAUGAUCAUAUGGACAGAUCAUGGCUUGAUUAUAAUUUGAAUGUAAAUGUGUAUCUGCAAAUCUAAAAUCUGCCUCUGCGGUAAUAUCCAGCCACAAGCUUGUGACAUGUUAAUAAGGUUAAUCUGUGGGGAUACAGAUGAGAAGUCCUCUCAGAAAACUGUUUAAAAGCUCAAAAUAUGAUGAUACUUUGGCUUAUUGAAUCACUUCAUGCACACUCAUAUGAAGGCACUCUCUGUGGAUUGGUGAUGAAAUGCAUUCCCACAUUAAUAUGAAUAUGAAUGGAUGAAACAAAUUCUUGCUGAAGAGGUCGGUGUCAUCUUGUACAAAGUGCAGGAUUUUCAAAUAUGAGCUUUCGUAUACACGCUCCAAAUGGUAACAACACACCUUUUCCAGGGCAAUGGAAGUAUUUCUGUCAUUCUUAUUCAUCUUUUUAUUGGCACUCCUUAGAAAUUGAAUGGAGCAUUAAAAACUGUGUGCAACUGAA